GCCACCGUCUGCCAACAUGAUGGGAUUUCACACCAUGUUAUAUUUUAUUUGGACAGAAUGGAAGCGUUGUGUAGCACCUUGCAUAAAUAGUGUAAUACGUAGUUAAAACAACAACGGCGUUUAUUUCUUUCUUUCCCUCUCUAAAAUGUAAGCGUUGUUAUAAAUCGCAUAUUCUAUCCGGUUGCAUCAGUACAGGUACUGAUAUGUUGAAAUGUGUUAGCGAUGACUGAUGUUGAAUCAACAUAUGCAGAUUUUAUUGCUUCUGGAAGAACAGGACGUCGAAAUGCAAUGCACGACAUUCGUGGUGCCCCGAGUGAUCUGGACCCUGACUUAUCUCAGAAGCUAUCAGAGCUUGAUGUAGGUAAUGAAGGAAAAGGAAAUGAUGGUGAAAAAAGCCAGACCUCUUCCACAGAACAAGCCCCUGCAGCUCAACAGGAGGGAGGGCAGGAAGAAGGUUAACAUCCAGGCCUGAAAACAGACUUGUGUUUACCUGAACUGUUGAAGCUGAGAGGCAGGCAUACUCUAUAGAAGGACAUACAGCUAAAAGGAAAAACUGCUCAAGAAAAAUUGCCUCAGAAUGGCAGUAGAGCUAAUGAAGAAGUCUCAAGCUUAUAACAAUGUUUGCUCUACCCCUGUCUUUAAUAAUGGGUGAAAACAUGAAUCAUUCAGCUAGAAAACUGUGUGACUAACAUGGUGUGUUCUGUCAUCUCAAUAGUUGAUAAAGUAAAUAUCAAUGUAGAUGAGACUUCAGUAAUCUGUUCCAGUUGUGCUGCUAGCCACUGGGUUGUCAAGAGGCUUAGGAUCUAAUGGAUGUGUAACAAAGGAUCCCCCUAUCCACAGAUCUAGGAAUGUUCUGGCAAAAAAAAUAAUCUAUUGUGAUGAUAAACAUAUUUUUUGGAAGUAUGCUUUGUGUAGUACAGUUUGACUUCCACACACUGCCCCUUCUUGUUGCUUUGAAUAUAACAAGGGCACAUUGAAAUGUAUUUGUAGCACUUCAAGCAGCUGUUUCUAAAAGGUAUUUUGUUUGUAUAAAAGCACUGCUGACACCAGGUGGGUUAGCACAUCUGCUGCCAACAGGUGUCAUGCCAAAUGCUUUUUAAAUGUGUUGCAUUAAAACAGACCUUCACGUUGAAACAACUUUAUGGUUAAAAGAGCAGCUCUGUAUUUCAGCCUGUACAUCAUAUAAAACUAAACUGCCACUGUUUUUAAAGGGCCACAGUUUGCACGGUAUAGCGUAUAAAAAAGGCCUAUUCCUGUUUGCUGAAUUUGAAAACACAGCCUUCUUUGCUUGUAUUACCAUCUUUGUGCAGCAAGUGUACUGUAAUUAAUUUUCAUUCACUCAUGGCCAGUUUCCUAAAUUCUCUGGCAAUAGGAAUAACUUGAAACUGAAUUUAUAGUACAGUAACCCCACAAAUAUUAGUAAUAAGUACUUUUAUUAAUGUAAAAAAAAAAAACACACACAAAA